AACUAUAGCGUAUUAUGUCACUUGGGUUUUCCCCGUCUAUUUUUAGAACAAUUCGGGCAGGCCCAGAGCUUCAGUUGCCGUUUGUGGUGUGAUUGUGAUGGACGUGUAUUUUCUGACCUGGCGGUAUUUAUAUCGACGUUCACUGAUGGAUUGAAUACGUCGAUAGAGAGCAUCACAUACUGGCAGAAACAGGAUAAAACUGUGAUAGAGUCGAGUAAAUCAAUGUUCGCAAUUACUCGAAUCACAAGAACAAUUAGCUAUUUCCUUAUUGUUUUAAUCCGCGAAUUCUCAUAAGACCAACUUUCUUGAAUCUGAUUGGUUCAAAAUGUCACGUGACUGACAGUGAAUGGCUGGCUCACAACAUUGGACUGGUUUAACCGUAAAGUCAGAACAGAAAACUUCAGACCGAGUGAGAGACGAACACGGAAUCAAAUCGUCUCGACAUUCCAAUAAUUCCACAAUGGCACUGGAAAUACCAAGUCUUAACAGCACCGACCUCAACAACAUCAUCUACAGCAUGUUUAAAUACAGGACAUGUGGGCAGCAGUACCGGUCCCCAAUGACAACGUCAGUUGUACCUGACACCUCUGAUACAGAACUGAGCCCCGAGCCACGCACUCCUCAGUUCUCUUCCAGUUCAGGACUGACAUUUCAAGAAAGUAAUAGAAACUUUGGCUUCAGUUUUCAAAUCUCAAACGCUCAGCCUCCGCAAGGUCUGACACUAAAUGCCCAGUCUGUGUCGAAGACAGUCCCAAUCUCACUGCCUCAACCUGCUGUCACUCCGACUCAGGCCGCCACAGCGACAAACAAUCAUCUCCACGCUGGUACAUCUGUGUUUGAGGGCCAGAGACAAGUUGUUGUGAACACAGAGACUAAACUCCAGUCUCCGGUUGAAGUGGAGACGAGACCACCUGAGACUCCGGUACAAUACGUUCUUCAGUCACCUUCGCCUGUAUUCAGAGAGCCGUUGCCUCAACCAACGUACCCAAACAACAUACCGACUACAGUGUUUGAAUCAGUGCAGACUGGCAAAGAGCAUUUCCCUCAAGCGUCUCCUCAAGAUUUGCCCAGAGUGCUGGUGACCGGGAAGGACGGAAAGACGGCUUCAUUUAUCAGAUUCCUAAAUGACCCCAUCCCCUACCCAAAUGAUAUUGAGUGCAAGAUGCUGAACAUAGAAAGCUACAGGCGGUCACCAGAAGAGGCCAGCCAAGAUGGGACAGAUGUCCGUUUCGAUAACACAGUCGUCGCAGACAUUGACGCCAUACAAAGAAUGGAAGAAGAACCUGUUAUAAGACUGGACGAAGAACCUGUUAUUGCGGCGCCAGAGAAUGACCCAAUAACAUAUCAAUCUGUUCAAUACAUCCAGUACGAACCUGCUUAUGCCGAGGGUGUUGGUGUUGAUUUCCAAGAAGUGCCAGAUGACACCCAAGGUGUCGAACGGGUGGUGUAUUAUCAGACGAUACAAUCAGACGAUUGUGAGAACGAUAUGUGUGGUCAAGGUCAGGGAGGCGAGGAGAUAAUGGAGGUGGCUGCUUACCAGUCGGUGGAUGAAACCCAGAACGCAAGUGAUGUCCUCACGUACACUGAGUUGACGCCACGCCCGCCGUCCCCUCCCCCUGAUCACACCCGGCAGGACGAAACACAGGAACUGCAGGACGACCCGCAGGAACUGCAGGACCCAGAGAACCAGCCGGAAGUCCAGAACGGAGACUCCCAAGAAUCAACAUCAACAGAGAUCUUUACUACGAGGUUCGGUGAGAGGUUCACUAACGCUUCUGAUGAGGCGAAACGGGCAGCGAUGUCUGCGGUCAAGGAGAAUUCCGUUAGACCACUCCUCAAGUUGGAACUAAAGAACAAGAUUCAGCUUAAGCGGCUGAAGGAAGGGAAAGGCGAGCUGAAGGUUUCCUUUGAGGACAGACCUAUAGGCGAGCCCAGUGCAGAAGAGAAGACGAAAGCUACCACGCGAAAAAUGAAGAACCGAGAGAGCGCAGUCAAGAGCCGUAAAAAGCGAGAGGAACAUCUCCAGAAUCUUCAGAAGGAGGUGAAGAAUUUGGAGCGUGAGAAUAAACAGCUGGCGAGAGAAAUUGCGCAGCUGAAGACAAACAUGGCGCAAGACCUCCAGGAAAUAGCUGAAAUUGGAUGCAGUUGUGAAAUCAUAAGGGAAGAUGACUCCAUCGCAGACUCGGCGAGAGCGGCCCCCGCCAAGUCCCUCCAAGAAGCCAUUUGUGAUGUCCUCGCCUCGGAACAAUUUGAAAACACGUGAUAACGUCAAGGUGGAUAUUGAAAUGUCAAUCGUUUAAAAAGACUCCCCGAACACGUGAACAUGUCAAGGUAUUGAUGCCGGGCCAUGAUAACACCAAGGACAUAGCAUGUGGGGGUCUGGUUAUCGGGCCGUGUGGGGACUGAAUCGGCGGUUUGGGGGUGUGAGUACUUUGUGAUUAUGUGAAAACUUUGUGACUAUGUGAACACCUUGUGACCAUGUGAACACCUUGUGACUACGACUACAGUGUGUGGUAGUGUGACUGCCCAUCAGGACACUUUUCGACCGGGUAUAUGUAAACCCCGUAUGCUAGGUAACAAGUGCUGAAAAUGACAUUGGACACCUUGUGUCUGACACACAAGUGUCCUUUUUAAAUGGGGAUAUGAUGUUCCCAUUACAUCUGGGGGUAGGGUGGCCCAGUCGCUUAAAGCGUUGCGAUUCGCUGUGCAGAGUUGCGUCCCUUGGACACGACAGAAACCUAUGAUUGUGGGUUCGAAUCCCGAUUCGCCCCGAUUAUGUUUCUAGGUUUGUCAGCACCAUACCCGUGCUCGUGGGUUUCACUGUAGGGGUAAACGUCUGAGACCUGCAUCACUUCGGGCUUUCCUUCCACAUUAAGCUGACACGCCGCGAUAUAACUGGAAAACUGUUAAAAGCGGCGAUAAACCCAACUCAGUCACUCCCAUUACAUCUGAUGACGAACACCCGGUGUUUUACGUGUACAGAAUAUGUCACAAAACUCUGUUGGUUAUUUAUAUUGAAUAUUACUAUAUCGUGAAUAAAUUAUUUUAUGAUA